UCUAUUUUGAAUGUAAAUACGGUCCGCUGCAUUUCCUUCCUGAGAACAGGCCUGUCCGGGACAGAAUAGAAAAUAUGUCUUUUUAAGCCAAGAUGUUGUUGUAAGUUUUGGUUUUUCCAAGACGAGGUCUUGGGUCUACAAACAGCUUGUCAUGGUUGUUUUGCCUUUAUUACUCAUUCAUACAAAUGUCCUAAUUUGGUUAGCUAGCUUGAUAUUUUUGGCCUUCCUAACAGGCAUCUACAUUUAAUUCCAUUCAAGGAAACUAUCAUUGGGAUUUACCUUUUUUUGUUGUUGUUAAAAAUGGAUUUGGAAAACGUUACCAAAGAUGUCAGUCCAGUCACCAGUCGCUUGAUCAGAAAGCCGGAUAAAACCUCCGGGUUUUUCUCCAUGUCGGACAUGAUGAUGGCCUCGCCUUGUAUCAACAAGAAACUCUUCUCUCCUGGACCCACACAUGUCCUGUCUCCUGUCACUAAUCUGGCUCUCAACAUGGACAAUCUAGCUGGACUUGGGAGCCAACAAUGUGAUACUCCAAAGAGGAAACAACGCGCGCCUCUUGUGAAGAUUCCUUCCGUCGCCUCUGACUGCUCCUCUGAUGCAGGUGUUGGUAUGGAUUCCCCCAGUCCCAUGGACCCCAUCCAUGUUGAGGAGACGUUUGAGAAGACCGUUCUCCAGUCUGGAAGAGUUGUCAAUGAAAACAUGCCGAUCCGAAGAAUCAACUCCCUGCCACUGGAGCUGCUGGACUUCAGCCCGGCUCUGAAGGAUCCGGUCCCAGGGAGUCAGAUUCGGCACCGCUACGGGGCCUUUGGACGACUCGGUUCAGCCCGGGAUACUGCCACUUCCUCUGGGCACAGCGUUCACGGUGGACAGGGAAACGAGGAGAACCAGGAAAGCUUUGAGUUUAAGAAGCCCACCAAGCCCAUGUCACCCUGCCGUAUGAGGUCCUUCCAUAGUGAAGGAGGAGAGGAGAACAAGGACUUUGCCCCCUGGCCUAAGGACUUUGGCCCAGCGCUCAUGCUAUCUCCGUGCCAACGCUUCAGCUCAUCGGAUAACAGAAGACCCGUCUUCCCGAAUCGCUGCUCCCUCGACGACGACGACGACGACGGUUUCCUUGACGUUCUGGAUGACCGUGAGGAAGAGUGUGACAUGCCCACGGGGAUGUCCAGCCUGCUGACCGCUCCGCUUGUGAGGGACCGCGGCACGGCAGGAGACGACUCGCCGGUGGUUCGUUGUCGGCCUCGGGGUCUGUUCCGCUCGCCCUCCAUGCCCAGCCAGGUGGGCCGCACACCUCUGAAACGCUCCCAGGGCGAGAACACGCCGGUCAGAGUGAAGAGACGACGCAGCCUGGCGGAAACUCAUGGCACCACCGCGGACCAGGACCACUGCUCUCCCAGCAGGACGGUAUGUUCUGAGCGCCGCGUACAGCGCUCCAAAUCAUUCUGUAACCACACAGAGAUUGAGAAGCUGCUGGAUAAGGAGCUGAUUGGAGAUUUCACCAAACCCUUUGCCCUGUCUACCGUGGAGGGAAAAGACCAGGACCUCAAAUACAUCACUCCUGAGAUGAUGGUGUCCGCUCUGAGCGGCCAGCUGGAUCAUCUUGUCGAGAGGAUCGUGGUGAUUGACUGUCGCUACCCGUAUGAGUUUGAGGGGGGCCACAUCAAAGGAGCCCUGAACCUCCACCAGGAGGAGCAGGUGGAGGAGUACCUCUUACGAACCCCCAUCGCCCCCCUCUCCUCUGACCGCAGGGUCCUCCUCAUCUUCCACUGUGAGUUCUCCUUAGAGCGAGGGCCCGGGAUGUGUCGCUUCGUACGUAGGAGGGACAGGGCGAUGAACGAGUACGAGUACCCUAACCUGCACUACCCAGAAGUCUACGUCCUCAAGGGAGGCUACCAAGAGUUCUUCCAUCACUUCCGGAUGCAGUGUGAGCCCCAGGGGUACCGGCCCAUGCACCACCAGGACUUUAAAGAGGACCUGAGGAAGUUCAGACUGAAGAGCAGUACCUGGUCCGGGGAGCGCAGCAAGAGAGACCAGUACAGCAGACUGAAGAAGCUGUAACCCUACUGCCCCAUGUAACCCUACUGCCCCAUGUUACCCUACUGCCCCCCUUUAACCCUACUGCCCCCUGUUACCCUACUGCCCCCUGUAACCCUACUGC